AUGUUGCCGGCGCUGGUCCCGUUGGCCAAGGCAGAGGCCCAGUAUAUUCUGGACGGCGUCCAGGAGGACAUUCGCAACGACGGUCGGCAGCGGCAUCACGCGCGGCCCUAUCACAUCGAGACGGGCCUUGUAUCCAAUGCCAACGGCUCAGCACGCGCACAGCACGUGGGCACGGAUGUUCUUGUCGGAGUCAAAGCCGAGCGCGGCGUGGCAUUGGGUCAGAAUGAGGAUGAAGGGCAGAUUGAGGUACUCUCGCGCAUGUUCAAGAAGACUCAACACGCACUGGGCAAUGUCGUUGAGCAGUUUGCAGUGCAGUUUGCCUCGUCCGCAACAGCCAUGUUGUCAGGUCGCGAACGAGAGGACUAUGGACGUGCCAUUGCCCUGGCUCUGCAGGAAAUGGCCGACGUGCGCGGUGCGAUCGAUCGACAGGCACUGUGCAUUAUUGCUGGCCGUGAGGCUUUUACACUCAAGGUGGACGUGAUGAUCUUGGCAGCCAAUGGCGGGGCCAUUUAUGACACUGCUGCUGUAGCCGUCUAUGCGGCCCUGGCCUCGUGUGACAUUCCCUCGGUAACUCUGGUCAAGGACGCUGAUGGUGACGUCGUGGACUGGGAGUUUGCGGAUACACCUGACCAUCAAUUGGACGUGAGCCGUCUCCCACUUCUGACGACCAUCGCCAGCAUCAAUGAUUUCGCUGUGCUCGAUGCCACCACAGCGGAAAUGGCCUGUGCAGAUGCAGCCAUGAUCUUGGGUAUCGAUGCUCAGGGCGAGCUGUGUACCUGCCGUUUGGUGGGGCGAACUGGCGGCGUAGAUCCCGAACUGUUAACCGAAAUGACACUCAUGGCGCAGGAGGCGGGCAAGGCCAGCGUGGCUAGCGUGCGUAACGCCCUGCAGCAAGAGGCCGCUCUUGAUCGCAGUCCCAUUGCCGUCGGCUUUUUACGGUAA